AUGGGGGGGGUCAGGCCUUUCUUUCCUGCCGGGAAGGCCACUGGGGCCCUCGUCAGGCCCGGCCAGUCCACCACCUGUCGCCCAUCGGGGCCCUCGUCCUGCCCUACCCACCAACCACUUGUCGGUCCCCAGGGCCCUCGUCAGUCCCGACAUGCCCACCACCAGUCGGCCCUCGGGGCCCUCGACCAGCCCGGCAUGCCUAACACCGGUCGGCCCCCGGGGCCCUCGUCUGGCCUGGCCCGCACACCAUCCGCCGACCCCCAGGGCCCUCGUCAGGCCUGGCCCGCAAACCACCAGUUGUUUACCAUGGCCCUCACCCGGCCCCUCACGCCCACAACCGGUAGGCCCCCUGGGCCCCCACCUGGCCCUGCCCGCCCACAACCGGUCAGACCCUGGGGCGCUCGUCUGGCCCGGUUCGCCCACCAGCAGUCAGCCCCCAUGGCCUUCGUCAGGCCUGACCUGCCCACCACUUGUCGGCCAUUGGGGCCCUUGUCCGGACCGGCCUGCCCACCACCGGUCGGCCUUUUGGGCCCUCGACUGGCCCGCCCCGCACACCACUGGGACCCUCACCUGACCCCGACCACCCACCACCAAUCUUCCCCAGGGGCCCUUGCCCAGCCCUGCCCACCCACAACCAGUCAGCCCACAGGGCCCUCACCCAGGCUGACCUGCCCACCACCACUCAAACCCCGGGGCCCUGGUCCGGCCCAGCCUGCCCACCACUGGUCAGCAUGCGGAGCCCUCACCCCGCCCAGCUCGCCCACCCCCCAGGGCCCUUGCCCAGCCCAACCCACUAACUACCAGUCGGACCCAAGGGCCCUCGCCAGCCCCGGCCCACCCACUACUGGACAGCCCCUGGGACCCUCGCCGAGCCCCGCACUACCACCACCGGUUGGCCCCCAGAGCCCCUGUCUGGCCCGGCCCGCCAACCACCUGUCUGCGCCACCGGGGCCCUUGCCCAGCCACGCCCGCCCACAACCGGUCGGCCCCUGGGGCCCUUGCCCGGCCCCACCUGCCCAGCACGGGUCAUUCCCCGGGGCCCUUGCCUUGCCCCACCCUACGACCACUGGUCAGCCCCAGUGGCCCUGGCCUGGCCACCCCCUGCAACCACUGGUCAGCCCCCAAGGCCCUGGUCCGGCCAGGCCCACCCACCACCAGUCGUCCCCCGGGGCCCUCGUACAGCCCGGCCUGCCCACCACCGGUCAGCCCCCGGGGCCCUUGCCCAGACAGCCCGUCCAACACCGGUCGGCCCCAAGGGCCCUCGCCUGGCCCCGCCCGCCCACCACCGGUUGGCCCCUGGGGCUUUCGUCAGGCCCGGUCAGCCCACCACUGGUCGGUCCCCAAGGCCCUCGUCAGGCCCGGUCCACCCACCACCAGUCGACGCCCUGGGCCAUUGCCCGGCACCGCCUACCCACAACCUCUCUGCCCCCAGGGCCCUCGCCCGGCCCUGCCCGCCCACCACCAGUCGUCACCCGGGGCCUUUGCCUGGCCCCGACCUGCCUCCACCACUGGUCCCCCGGGGCCCUCGCCUGGCCCAGCCCGCCCACCAUGGGUCGGCCCUGGGGUCUUUUUCCAGUCCCGCCCUACCACCACCGGUUGGCCCCCGGUGCCCUCGCCCAGCCCCACCUGCCCACCACCAGUCAGCCCCCUGGGUCCUCACCUGGUCCCACCCGCCCAUCACUGGUCAGCCCUCGGGGCCCUCGCCUGGCCCCUCCAGCGCACCACCAGUAG